AUGGGCUUCGUCACAGGUUUCGCAGGCGGCGUAACCCUGACGCUGUCCAUCACCUACCUCGCGCUACUAACCCACACACGCAACCGACAAGCGCAGUCGGCCGUGCUGCGCGCGCAAGCCUCCACGCUCGACGCCCUCGUCCCGCCAGACCCGUCCGUGCCGCUCUUCGCGCGCCGCCGCAACGCCACCGUCCUCCUGCCCGACGGCACCUACCGCCCGCGCGGGAGCCUGCGAGAGCAGGAUGGGUCUGGACGACGAGGGCGGGCGGGCGGGCCCGUGACAUCGUUCGUCGAGACGGCCAAGACGAAAUGGAACAACGAGGUCCUGUCGGCCGUGCACUGGGCGCAGACCAAAGACUGGGGGGCCGUGAGGGAGGAAGCGGAGGAAGGCGUGGCGCGGCUGUUAGGGGUUGAGCUAUCGCGCGAGCCGGUGCCCGUACGGGAGGCCGCUCCCCUCGCUCCCACGCGCACUGCAGAAUCGCCUGCGGUGCUGGAGGCACAGAGGCAAGACGCUGCUGCUGCUGCGCAAAGGGUGAGCGAGGCGCUCCAGCAGGCGCGGGAUAAGGCGGUGGUAGUUGCUCAGGCAAUGCGGGACGAGGCGAAGCAGAUUGUGUCCGAGGCACGGGAGGCUGCGUCGAGAAGUGCGGAGAAGGCGGAGGAAGCGGCUUCGAGGAGCAUGGAGAAGGCGCAUGAGCUUGCGGGGCGCACGAAGGCCGCUGUCUACCUGGCGGAAGAGAAGGCCGAAACCAAGAUGGAUGCCAAACUGCUCCAUAUGUCCGACGUGGAGAAGGCGCUGGCGGAACGAUACGACAGUGCGCGGCGCGAAGAGCGGAUGAAGAGGAGUGUGGAGGAGGUGCUGAGAGAGAGGUAUAUCCCUAUAGACAAGAGGGAUAACUCUCAGUUGAGGCUGGUAUAG